AUGUUAACUCAAUCAUUAAUUAAUAAUUCACAAAAUCACGAUGAAAAAUUAUGGGAAAAAAAUUACCACAUCAUUGUUGAAGUCUUAAAACAAUUUAAUAAUUGUAAUUGGAAACCUAUAAAAGGUUCCCCAGAGUGGAAUAAAUUUUUUAAAACCACCAUAAGGUUGCAUCCCUUUUUACUUAAAAUAGUCGAGUGUUUAAUAAAAAAUUUUUACCAAGUCGAAGACAACGAUAAAGUUGUUGCUCUUUUUUUCGAAAUGGUUAUUUCACAUUCUCAAUUCUUGACCGUUUUUCUCGGAUCGUCGGAUUUAAAAAAAGAAUUGGUGUAUUUAUAUUUUACGCUUAUUCAAAGAUGUACGGACAAAAUGUCGGUAAAACAUGUUCCCGUCCUGCUCGCAUCAUAUACAGCAAGUAUUUCUUUCGUGGACCUUGAAAUUUUAAAAAUUUUAACUUUCUACGAAAAAAAUGGUUUCAAAUUUAAUCAAUAUGAACCUCUUGUUUGGGGUGAAGCUGCCGUAUCCCAUUACAGUAUAAAAACUCAAGCAGGAUUGUCUUUAUGGCAACAAUUUAACAUGACAAAUGUACUGGACCUAUUGGAUUCUCAAAAACUGGAGAAUUCCCUAAAAGAGUUUCCCAUAAAUAGAAGAAGGGAAAAAUUGUGA